AUGACAUUUGGGAUAUUCCCCAAGGAUGGCCUCUGUAUGUCCCUCUCCGGAGUCACCGUGGCACUCUGUACCCUCACCCUGCUCCUAGUGGCUCUCAGGAGCCACAUGCGAGAGGGCACGGGACGCCACAAAGGCAACCUGCCCCCGGGGCCGACCCCUUGGCCCCUGGUGGGUAACCUGUUCCAGAUGGGCGACCAGAUCCACCUGUCACUGACGCGUCUCCGGCUGCAGUAUGGAGACGUCUUCCAGAUGCGUAUGGGAUCCCUUGUGGUGGUGGUGCUGAGCGGCUACGCCACCAUUAGGCAGGCGCUGGUUCGGCAGGGCGAGGCUUUCGCCGGACGCCCUGACCUCUUCACCUUCUCUGCCGUGGCCAAUGGCACAAGCAUGACCUUCAGUGAGAAGUAUGGCCCCGCCUGGGUGCUCCACAAGAAGCUGUGCAAGAAAGCCCUGCGCUCCUUCUCGCAGGCAGAGCCGCGGGGUUCCGACACCACCUGUCUGCUAGAGGAGCAUGUGUGCACCGAGGCAGCUGGGAUGGUGGAGGCCAUUUGGGAGAGCUCAAAGGGGAGCGAGGGGCUAGGUCUGGACCCUGUGGUCCCGCUGGUUUCGUCGGUGGCCAAUGUGGUGUGUGCUCUGUGUUUCGGAAAGAGGUAUGACUACAAUGACAAGGAGUUCCUCACUAUUGUGCACAUCAACAAUGAGGUGUUGCGGAUCUUCGCUGCAGGCAACAUGGCCGACUUCUUCCCUGUGUUCCGCUACCUGCCAAGCCCGUCCCUGCAGAAGAUGGUCCAGCACAUCAGGAGAAUGAACAGCUUCAUGGAACACAACAUCGAGGAGCACCUGGAGACCUUUGACAAGGUUUGAGCCACACCUGGGUCAUGCAAAUUAGAGCAUGCCAAAGAAAAAGUUUUAUAACGUUUUUCAAUGGAAAACAAAAAUUUGUCAAUUUAGUCCCUCGCUGUUUCAGUCGGUUUUCUUCUGUUUGGUACUUAAUGAACAGACCCUGAAAGCAGACAGUAUGAUGAUAUUGCAAUGUUGAUGUUUGUUAAGAUAUCCAACGGAUAUUCAACUGUUCUACUGUUACAGCUUGAUGCAGGGGUAGGAUAUGUUGAUAGAUGUGCUAUUAAAACUAUGGCCUAGAGGCGUAUAAUCUAUACUGUGUAUACACUGAAACAGAAAGUUGACGGUAAUAGUUUUUGCAGACAUCAACUUGGAGAGAAACCUCUACUUUCAUGUGACAUUUAGGCUGAAUAUGGUAGAUAAGCAAACUGUUAGAUUAGAUAUGAUCUGUGCAAUCAGAUUCUGGUUCAGAGGCAAAGAAAACCAUCCAGCCAUAGAGGGAUUUGUUUCAGUGCUGGAGGGAUAGACAGAUAGAAUGAGAAGGAAUAACGCAGGGGAAAAAGAAAGGAUGAGAUAGGAUAGAGGGAGGGAGAGAUAGUGUGAGCAGAGGUAGAUUGGGUAAAAACGAAGGUUCCUUUUUGGAAAGCAUGUUUUUGCUUGUGAUUUUAGGUUGCAUAUGACAGGUUGUAUAUGACAGUAGGGAAUACAUUGAACAGGAAAUAUUGAAAUAGUUGAGCUACAAUAUAAGAGACCUAUACUCUAGGUAGGAGGACAGGCCCGACCAGGCUUAUAUAUAUCGUGUGAGGCUAAAGUGAACCUUUGUUGUUGCGCAGGGGCUAAAACGCUCGCACGCACUCUUUAAUGAGGAAUUAUCAAUCUGGUGGAAGAAACGUGCUCACAUGUUUUCUAGAAGAUGCUACCAUUUCCUGUCAGUCUCACUCUCACAAUUUGAUGGUACAUUUGAUUGGCGGGUCGUGUAUUAGGUUUUUGUGAAUUUGAAAGGAUUACAUUUAAUUAGAAAUCAGUAUAUGGAAUAUGACACAGAUAUAACCUGGAGUGGCUAGGUUAGGACUCCCCCUGCACAUGUAUGGGCUUACUUAGAGAGACAUAACAUACAAGCCUUAUUAUUAGACAUUAUAAAGGCUCAUACAUCCUUAUAAUAAGUUAUAAAUAUUGUUUUCACUAUAUAUUUUACCUCUUGGGGAUGUUAUUCGAAAACAUAAUGUUAACUUUCACUGCUAUGCGGAUGACACACAGCUGUACAUUUCAAUGAAACAUGGUGAAGCCCCAAAAUUGCCCUUGCUAGAAGCCUGUGUUUCAGACAUAAGGAAGUGGAUGGCUGAAAACUUUUUACUUUUAAACUCGGACAAAACAGAGAUGCUUUUUCUAGGUCCCAAGAAACAAAGAGAUCUUCUGUUAAAUCUGACAAUUCAUCUUGAUGGUUGUAAAGUCGUCUCAAAUAAAACUGUGAAGGACCUCGGCGUUACUCUUGACCCUGAUCUCUCUUUUGACGAACAUAUCAAGACUGUUUCAAGGACAGCUUUUUUCCAUCUACGUAACAUUGCAAAAAUCAGAAAUUUUCUGUCCAAAAAUGAUGCAGAAAAAUUAAUCCAUGCAUUUGUUACUUCUAGGUUAGACUACUGCAAUGCUCUAUUUUCCGGCUACCCGGAUAAAGCACUAAAUAAACUUCAGUUAGUGCUAAAUACGGCUGCUAGAAUCCUGACUAGAACCAAGAAAUUUGAUCAUAUUACUCCAGUGCUAGCUUCCCUACACUGGCUUCCUGUUAAGGCAAGGGCUGAUUUCAAGGUUUUACUGUUAACCUAUAAAGCGUUACAUGGGCUUGCUCCUACCUAUCUUUCCGAGUUGGUCCUGCCGUACAUACCAAUACGUACGCUACGGUCACAAGACGCAGGCCUCCUAAUUGUCCCUAGAAUUUCUAAGCAAACAGCGGGAGGCAGGGCUUUCUCCUAUAGAUCUCAAUUUUUAUGGAACAGUCUGCCUACCCAUGUGAGAGACGCAGACUCGGUCUCAACCUUUAAGUCUUUACUGAAGACUUAUCUCUUCAGUAGGUCAUAUGAUUGAGUGUAGUCUGGCCCAGGAGUGUGAAGGUGAACGGAAAGGCUCUGGAGCAACGAACAGCCCUUGCUGUCUCUGCCAGGCCGGUUCCCCUCUCCACUGGGGUUCUCUGCCUCUAACCCUGUUGCAGGGGCUGAGUCACUGGCUUGCUGGUGCUCUUUCAUGCCGUCCCUGGGAGGGGUGCGUCACUUGAGUGGGUUGAGUUACUGACGUGAUCUUCCUGUCUGGGUUGGUGCCCCCCCUUGGUUUGUGCUGUGGUGGAGACCUCUGUGGGCUAUACUCGGCCUUGUCUCAGGAUUGUAAGUUGGUGGUUGAGGAUAUCCCUCUAGUGGUGCGGGGGCUGUGCUUUGGCAGAGUGGGUGGGGUUAUAUCCUUCCUGUUUGGCCCUGUCCGGGGGUUUCUUCGGAUGGGGCCACAGUGUCUCCGGACCGCUCCUGUCUCAGCCUCCAGUAUUUAUGCUGCAGUAGUUUAUGUGUCGGGGGGCUGGGGUUAGUUGGUUAUACCUGGAGUACUUCUCCUGUCUUAUCCAGUGUCCUGUGUGAAUUUAAGUAUGCUCUCUCUAAUUCUCUCGUUCUCUCUUUCUCUCUGAGAACCUGAGCCCUAGGACCAUACGUCAGGACUACCGGGCAUGAUGACACCUUGCUGUCCCCAGUCCGCCUGGCCUUGCUGCUAUUCCAGUUUCAACUGUUCUGCCUGCGGUUACGAAACCCCUACCUGUCCCAGACCUGCUGUUUUCAACUCUUAAUGAUCGGCUAUGAAAAGCCAACUGAGAGACCUGAGCCCUAGGACCAUACGUCGGGACUACCGGCCGUGGUGACUCCUUGCUGUCCCCAGUCCGCCUGGCCUUGCUGCUAUUCCAGUUUCAACUGUUCUGCCUGCGGUUAUGGAACCCCUACCUGUCCCAGACCUGCUGUUUUCAACUCUUAAUGAUCGGCUAUGAAAAGCCAACUGAGAUUUAUUCCUGAUUAUUAUUUGACCAUGCUUGUCACUUAUGAACAUUUUUGAACAUCUUGGCAUGGUUCUGUUAUAAUCUUCACCCGGCACAGCCAGAAGAGGACUGGCCACCCCUCAUAGCCUGGUUCCUCUCUAGGUUUCUUCCUAGGUUUUCGCCUUUCUAGGGAGUUUUUCCUAGCCACCGUGCUUCUACACCUGCAUUACUAGCUGUUUGGGGUUUUAGGCUGGGUUUCUGUACAGCACUUCGAGAUAUUAGCUGAUGUAAGAAGGGCUAUAUAAAAUAAAAUUGAUUGAUUGAUUGAUUGAUUAUAAAGCAUUACAGCAUUAAACUGUCAUGGUCAAAACAUAUUAAUGCAACAGUAGCUAAGAUGGGGAGAAGUCUGUCCAUAAUAAAGCGCUGCUCUGCCUUCUUAACAACACUAUCAACAAGGCAGGUCCUACAGGCCCUAGUUUUGUCGCACCUGGAGUACUCUCCAGUCGAGUUGCAAAGAAAAAGCCAUAUCUCAGACUGCCUUUCUUAAUAUUUUAUUUUUAUUGGCCAGUCUGGUCAGCAUCCCGUAGUCGCCUCUUCACUGUUGAUGUUGAGACUGGUGUUUUGCGGGUACUAUUUAAUGAAGCUGCCAGUUGAGGACCUGUGAGGCGUCUGUUUCUCAAACUAGACACUCUAAUGUAUUUGUCCUCUUGCUCAGUUGUGCACCAGGGCCUCCCACUCCUCUUUCUAUUCUGGUUAGAGCCAGUUUACGCUGUUCUGUGAAGGGAGUAGUACACAGCAUUGUACGAGAUCUUCAGUUUCUUGGCAAUUUCACGCGUGGAAUAGCCUUCAUUUCUCAGAACAAGAAUAGACUGACCAGUUUCAGAAGAAGAUUCUUCGUUUCUGGCCAUUUUGAGCCUGUAAUCGAACCCACAAUUGCUGAUGCUGUGCUAACAUAAUUGCAAAAGGGUUUUCUAAUGAUCAAUUAGCCUUUUAAAAUGAUAAACUUGGAUUAGCAAACACAAUGUGCCAUUGGAACACAGGACUGAUGGUUGCUGAUAAUGGGCCUCUGCACGCCUAUGUAGAUAUUCCAUAAAAAAUCAGCCGUUUCCAGGUACAAUAGCCAUUUACAACAUUAACAAUGUCUACACUGUAUUUCUGACCAAUUUGAUGUUAUUUUAAUGGACAAAAAAUUUGCAUGUCAAUCUCUCAUGGCUCAAAGUGGAGGAGAGAUUGACUUCAUCACUACUUGUUUUUGUAAGAAGUGUUGACAAGCUGAAUGCACCGAGCUGUCUGUUGGCAGCAGCUAAUGUGGAUCCCUAAUAAAUACAAAUACAAAUACAGCUGCCGGUAUUAAGUAGAGUGUAAAGUAAAGUGUUAAGUAAAGCUGUGAUGAUGUGUAUGUUUCCAGGACUGUAUACGUGACAUCACAGAUGCUCUGAUUGCGCUCUGUGAGGAGCGGCAGGAGGAUGACGACACGGCAGUGCUGUCCAACUCCCAGAUCAUACACACUGUCAUCGACAUCUUUGGAGCAGGUGAGAGAGAUGGAACAGAGAAGUUAGGCAAUACCUGAUUUGAAGCUCUGCUUAUAAAUAGCAUAUAAACACUAGGCUAUUACACAGUACGUUAAUUAUUUACAAGAAGUUUAUAAACAGACCUUGGUGCUAUGGCGAUUUCAGGGCUGUGGCUGUAGUAUGUUUGCUGAGACUAGAUUUCCUUCUGGAGGAUCACCAUUCCCAGCAAUGAUGGGUUGAACAACACGUUUGAACAGACCAACUCUAGAGCAACGACGAUUGUAACUGACGUUACAUAUUUAUUUAUUUUACAUUACAGGAUUCGAUACCAUCAUAGCUGGUUUACAGUGGAGCCUCUUAUACCUCAUCAAGUUUCCUGACAGCCAGGUCAAAAUACACCAGGAGAUUGGUACUGUACAUCCUCUGUAUAUGAAUUAUUCCUCCUGUAUGACUGAACAGUACUUUUCCUAUAGAAAACUGUAAUACUGUACAGUAUGCCCUUAUAGCACUAAAUGGACUUCUUGUCUCCUUAUACCUCGUCUCGUUGUACGCCUGCUUGUGUUUCUGCUUUACCUGCUAAGAAUAAUCACUUUGUUUUAUAAAAAUAUGUGGGAGUUCAGCUGUUUUAUGAAUGAAAGUAUUUCCUGUGUUGUCAAACAGCACAUCCUAAUGAGCAGUCUCCUACAGUACCAGCCAGUUUGACAGUUUGAUGGGCCGUCUGUGUAGUUUCACACAAUGAUCUAAUCUUUGAGAGACGGGUCGUUGUCGUCACCCCCCUCCCCCGUCCCCGUCCCCGUACCCAUCCUCAAUGGCUAGAGACCAUUGCUCGCCAUGGUAACACGCAAAAGGUCACUAAUUCGCCAACGCCUGAGCUAUUUUUGAAGUGGGCUGAAAAAACUGGUGCAGUCUGUUCAGUAGGCACAAUUCAUUCACAGAGAGAGCGAGAGAAGAGAGAGAGAGAGAUUUUGGAUACUUGGACAGUCUACUCUGACAGGAACAAAGGGGAUCACACGCAGGGGUAUUGCACCGUACGAGAAUCACGCCACACAAAUCAUCCCCUUAUUUGAGAAUGGAAAUUUAAGAAUAGAUGGCAAUAAGCCAACCGUCUUUCUUUCUUCUUUGGUCUUACUUUUUCUGAUCGCCUCUGUAAUGUCUCUGCUCCUUUUCUCUGUAUUUUCACUUUUAGGUACAUUAUUUAGUUGUCACUGUCUUCACCCGAGGUAUUUUGUAUGUGACUGUAUGUUUUUGCCUUUGUCUGGUUCAGACGACCACAUUGGCCCAGCCAGACUACCUCGGUUUGAGGACAAGCCCAAAAUGCGUUUUACUGAGGCCUUCUUAUACGAGGUGUUUCGUCACGCAUCCUAUGUCCCCUUCACCAUACCACACUGGUGAGGCUCUGAUAACAGUCACAGUAACAAUUUGUAAUGUUUAUUUCUGCAUGGUGCCUGUCUGCUAGUAUGUUCAGGUCAAAGCGUUAUCUCUGGGAAUGUUGAUAUUUACAUAGUCUCUUUUUUCCAUGCUUUUCUUCCCUUAAGCACCACACAAAACAUCACACUUAAUGGAUACUUCAUUCCAAAGGACACCUGUGUCUUCAUCAAUCAGUAUCAGGUUAAUCAUGACAUGUGAGUGUUAUCUGGAUGUGUUUUAAAGCACACAUCUUAAUUUAUGUUAGUCCUUUGAGGAGGUGCAGUGUUGGGGAAGUUACUCUGAAAAUAUAGCUGGCCAAGUUACCAAUUACUUCACAAUGGAAGAAGUUAAGCUAAACUAAAGCUACCGCUAAGAAAUAUAUAGUUUACUUAACUAAAGUUACUUUAAAAAAGUAGUUCACUACAUUCAAACUACUUAGUGAAAGAUUAUCAUAUCUAAAUCUGAAAUGUCAUAGAAUACAAAUUGCUAGAACAAAUCACUCUGGAGUCAGAUUUGAUUUGAUUUGAGAUGUUAACAGAAUGUAUAAUUUAGCCUACUAAACACAAAAACAAUAUUUCAAGUGAGAAUUUGACAGGUCUGAUGCUGAAAAAGAAAGGAAAUUAUUGCCUACUUCACCCAUAUUUUCCUUUCUGUUUACAAAAUAAGUAGUGUGUAGUUCUAGUAGUUAGCUACACUGCUACAUGGCAAACAAGUUAUUAACUGCUGAAAACACUACCAAGAUUAGAAUUUAGUUCAACUACCACCAAGCUACUGCAAAAUGUAGUUUAAUUACUAGUUGAACUACACGUAGUUCCCUACUCCCCAACACUGAGGAGGUGACAUGACCAUUUGGACAUGUCAGCUCUCUCCCAAUCUGUUUGAAUGUGUUUGAGUCUUGGUCAUGUUCACUAGGCACCAACCAGAAGUGAGGGACUGACCAUCUGGACUCUGCUCAUUUUCGUUUCCAAGUUACGAAACGUUUUCCUUUGUGUGCUCUAAUGAACACAACCCUGUUGUGGUCGUCAAUGGUUAGCUGUCAUUUUCCUCAUUUGUAGAGAUCUGUGGGAUGACCCAGACGUGUUCCGCCCCGAGCGCUUCCUGGGUAAAGAGGGACUGCUCAACAAAGACCUGACAGAGAAGGUCAUGAUCUUCGGGAUGGGGAAAAGGCGUUGUCUGGGUGAUGGGUUCGCCCGGUUGGAGAUGUUUGUUUUCCUGACCACACUGCUCCACCGGCUGCGUAUCGAGAACGUUCUGGGACAGGAGCUGGAUCUCAGUUCCGACUUUGGGCUCACCAUGAAGCCCCGCCCCUACAGGAUCAGUGUCUCGUCACGCCUCUAG